UUAGAGACGCUCAGCUGGAGAUUAGUGAGGCAGCAGACACACCAAGAUAACACCAGCUCCGGAUUUACCGAACAAAUAUCUCUCUGCAGCGCAAGACUUCUUGUCAAUGCGAUCUGAACGCGUAGAAACAGUUUGAUCUGUUUUUUAUCAGCCUAGUUGAGAUUGUGCUGACUUGCUGCAGAGUUGUAGCUGCGGCAGAAAUGUAGAGGGAGAAGUCCUGCUCACUUUACUGUCCUUUUUGUGGUUUUAGGACACAUUCACGCAUCUUUUACGCACUUUUUACGCACAUUAAAAGCGACUUUUUAGAAGACAGAUUCGGCUUUAUUUUGGGUGUUUUCCUAAAAGAGGUUCAAGCGCCUCUUCAAAACAAACCCACCUCGGUGUUUAGCGCAGCUCGUCCUCAUUUUGGCACCAUGCUGUCCACUGUGCGCCGCCACAGCCUCCGCCUGCAGACCGAGCUCCACCGCUGGAGCAUCUGCGACCCGGGCAGUCACCUGCUCCCGGACAGCUUCCUGGCGCGCGUCCCCGCCUGCAUCUCCCGCUCCAAAUCCUGCACCAGCUCCGCCGGGGAGUCGGAGGGAAGCCGCGGCAGCUGGUCGUCCUCGGACUCGGUCAUCUCCACUGACUCCUCCGGGGAGGCUUCGGAGCCCGGGGGCCCGUACCGGGUGGUGCUGCUGGGGGCCAAUGGGGUCGGUAAGACGGCCUUCGCCAGCAUCUUUGCCGGAGCUGCGGACAGUAUGGACAGCGACGACUGUGAGCUGUGUGGAGAUGAAGUGUGUGAAAAAGAGAUUGAAGUGGACGGAGAGUCGGCCACCAUAACGCUGCUCGACACAUGGGAUUCAGAGCCGGAUAAUGACUGGUCCCAGGAGCACUACAUGCAGACAGGUGACGCCUACCUGCUGCUCUACUCCAUAACCGACCGGACCUCCUUCCUUCGAGCCUCGGAGCUCCGGAUAACGCUGCGACGCUUCCGCCCUGCGCAGAACACUCCCAUCAUCCUGGUGGGCAACAAGUGUGACCUGGUGCGACGCAGAGAGGUGUCAGUUAGCGAGGGUCGUGCUUGUGCCGCCGUGUUUGACUGCAAGUUCAUCGAGACGUCGGCCGCCAUGCAGCACAACGUCUGGGAGGCUUUCCACGGCAUCGUACGACAGCUGCGACUUCGCCGAGACUCCAAGGAAGCCAACAAACGCCGAAGACACACAAACACUCGUAACGCUCGGCGCGAAAGCAUCCCAGUGAAGGCCAAGCGCUUCCUGGACAAGAUCGUAGCAAAGAACAAUCCCAGUGUGGCGUUCUGGCUGAAAUCUAAGUCCUGCCAUGAUCUCUCUGUGCUGUAGGAGGCUGGUAGACGAUCAGAAAUCUGAAAUUAUUCAUUGGAGAGCAGAAUCUGUGCACAGGGCUGGAGGGAAGUCUGUUUCUGAAGGGCUGAAGAUGGAUGGAGCUCACAUCCAACCUACACAAAGCUAGGAAGACGCGUAUGAGAAGUGUUUCUGCACAGCCUGAUUGGACUUGGAUCAGCAUGUCAGCCUGUUUUAAGGAUCGGACAAUCAGCUAAUGCAGUGAAAAAGGACACAUUUGAGAAGUUAGAGAUCAGCUGAUGGAAACGGAGAAAAGUUACGAACAAAGACUUUGAUAUUUUUCUCUCCUUUCUCUUCUUUCCUCAUCAGUUUGCUCCAAUUCUUGCCAAAUUCAUGGACUGUUGACCCCUAAGUGCUCAAAUGACCAGUCGUAAGCUACUGAUUAUUGCGUGUGAGUCAUGUCUUUGGGUAUUCGUAUGAGAAUCUCUGAGUAUUUACCUUAUUUAUAAUGUGUUUAUGUAUUUUGCACUUACUGUAAAUAAAUACCAGAUUGAUAAUGUUGCUGUAUUUUGGUACUUUGAAGUAGUUUGAGUAUUUGCUUGAUGAAAUAAAGUGACAUCAGCUUAUUUGGAAGAAAA